ACUCGUUCCAAGCCCCAGCAGGCCCACGAGCUCGACACCCGAAGCGGCUUGGUCGGAAGAUGACGACAGUGUACCGAUGUCUCCCGAUUCGGGAAGCUGGCCAGUCACCCCAGCAGUUGCCCUAUUGUAUGAUGUUUCCCCACGUUGUCAGCAGCAAGGCAUCGCCUAUUUCUUUUCACGAUAUGUAUCUGUUGAAGAGACGACAUGCCACCACAACUUCAGUUUUGUCUUUGACGUAUGGAAGCCCACCUCAGUGGCGCAGGACCGGCAUGUUGACAGCGUCCUUGCCAGUAUGACGGCUGUGGGGCUGGUUGGUCUCGCAGGCGUCACUCGAUCACAAGAUAUGAUGGAAGCCGCUUGGAAGUCCUAUGGGACCGCUCUUCGCUUGACUAACCACGCUUUAGAAACGCCCAUCGAAGCCGUCAAAGACACUACGAUGCUCUCGGUACUAAUCCUCGGCCUUUUUGAGCUGAUAGCUGAGCAUCCUUCCCGCAUGCGGACUGUCGAAGCUUUUCAAGAACACAUCAACGGCGCAGUAGCUCUCGCAAAACUGCGAGGAACUGCACAGUUUCAGACAAAAGCAGGGGUCAAAAUGUUCUCGAAGCUUUGCCAACGGGUUAUGCUGAGCUGUCUCCAGUCCAGAAAGCCCAUGCCAAUGCCGCAACCACUGAUUGACUUAUGGCAUACAAUGCCUCAACCAAUCCAACUUAAGGGAUUCGGAGGCCUUACGCUCUCUGCGUUACCACUCAUGCACGACUUCCUACAACUGCGUGCCGACAUCCUGAGCGGAGUUUUGGUAGACUCGGAUAACAUCCUGGCGCACCUUUUCAGAAUUGACGAGGGAUUCGAACAACUAUCCGCCCAAUUCUCCCCAGACCUGCCGUACAAAACCUUCCGACUGACGAGACACCAUCCGGCGGUGCUGAACGGAGUCUGCAAUGUCUACUCCACGCUAUGGGAUACCACAUUGUGGAACAGUCUUCGUAUGCUCAGGAUGCUUCUGUUGGAGACGAUUAUCUGUGAGAUCCAACAGCUUUCACGGGGCCUCUGCCUAAAGCCAACAUCGGGCCCUUACGCAGACCAGUUCACAGGCGCAAAGCGCAAGUUGAAGGAAAUCCUGGAGGCAAUAUGCGGCAGUGUGCCCCAAUUGCUUGGGCUCGUGGAUCCCACAGAUGGCAGUGUCGACAACUCAUGCUCAACGCCAAUAUCGAGUGUCGAAGUCCGCGAAACCCCCAGUCCACCAACGUCCCCAUCAGCCCGGUCAUCCGAUUCCGGCGGUAGCAGCCAGAGCCCCAUGGACCCCGCUAGGAUUCAAUGUGCGAACCUCACCAUCCUUCACCCGGUAACACCCGCUUCAACAGACGCAGAAGAGGAGGCUAGCCGCUUUGUGCUUUUGGUAUCAGCCACAAGCCCGGUGGUUUGGCCAUUGUACAUGGUCGGUAUGUCAUCGGUAUGCACGGGGCAGGUGAAGAGUUACGUCGUGGGCAGACUGCGCACGCUGUAUAUGGAGACGGGGGUUAAACAAGCAGAUGCCGUGGCCAAUUUGCUUGAGGAACAUGAUACCAUCGAUGUAGAUGAAGAUGGAUACGGGAAUGGGCCAGAAGAACAGUCGCUGUGGUUGCCAGGACUGGGAAUUGGAUUGGACUGGAUGAAUACGGGUGAAAUGGAGGAUAUGCCGGUGCAUCUGCGGGUGGUUCAGCAACAGCAUGAGCUGUUCCAUGAACGACUUCGACAGGAACAGGUGUAUCAUGGUGGGCCGGUCAUGAUGGAGGGUGGGAAAGGAAUGAUUGAUCCCCAGCUGAUCUGACCUUCGCGGACCUGCGAAUUUGGGUUAAUAUUCAAACCGGAAAUGGAGAAGUUGGGUGUACGAUACGCACUGGGUCAAAGGGGAUAGGCCGAAGUAUCUAAGGACUAUACCACACCGUCGCUACGGGUUGAGACGACCAAGGAUAGCAACACAAAUACACCAAAAGACCAAACAAAUGUACAGUCCGAUACUGGUUUGUUUGUUAGCUCGAGACCUCGGGUCAACUUCCCUAGGCGUUUCUAUAUCAUGCUUGAAUAUGCUAUUUCCGAAAU